UUUUCCGGGUGCCAAGAACUAUGAACAGACAGGGCAAUGGAAGGACAACAAAAGAAGGAUCCAGUGAUUUGAAAUUCCAGAACUUCGUUCUGCCGAAAAAUAGGUCAUGGCCGCGCCUCAAUAGUGCCACAGGCCUGUACCACAGGAUAAAUGAGCCUCUUCCCGAUUGCGAAAGAAACUUUGCUGAAAUCCUGGAUGGAACAAAAGGCCACAGUGAUGAGGACUAUGAAGACCCUGAGCUUCAAAUGGUCGAGGCGCGGCAAACGAUAAAAAUUUUACCAGCCCGGCCUAUAAAGGAAUCUGAGUAUGCAGAUACACGCUAUUUCAAGGGUGUGAUAGACACUCCCUUUCCAUCGGAAGCCAAGACCUCUGGCCCCACUGGGGAGCAAAGCUGGAGCAUGCAGAUGAGGCUAGAAGAAGUGGACAAACCCAUUUCCAAGGACAUCAGAAGCCAACAUGCCAAAGGAGACAAAUCCAUAAAUAUGAACAAGACUCCUUUACCACCUCCUCGUCCUGUCCCGCUGCUGAAGAAGUACCAGCCCUUGCCCCUGGAGCCGGAGAGAAGCAGGGCAACCUUCCCUCAGAGAGGGCCCAGACAGAUAAGCUUAAAGGACUUAAGUGAGGUCCUUGGAGCAGAAAAAGUUCUUCAUCACCAGAUAAAGCCUGAAUCAUCUCAUCUGUCACAAAACCAAAAUACUCAAGAAAUUCCACUUGCCAUUACCAGCUCUUCAUUCAUAAUGAGAAACCCCGGUGUGCAAAGCAGAGAUCAUAAAGGAAGCAUGCAGUCCUAUUCUCCUCAGAGAUGCCAGUCUCCAGCCAGCUAUGGUUCUCCCGAAAAUACGCCAUUCUAUAAAAACACAAGCUGGAGAAAACCUCUCCCUGCAAGGUCUGAUGAAAAGGACACCCAGAACAGCGAAUGGUACAUCGGAGAACACAGUCGCCAGGCGGUAGAGGCAGCGUUAAUGAAAGAGAACAAGGAUGGUACUUUCUUGGUCCGGGAUUGUUCCACAAAAUCCAAGGCAGAGCCCUAUGUUUUAGUGGUGUUUUAUGGGAACAAAGUCUACAAUGUGAAAAUCCGCUUCCUGGAGAGGAAUCAGCAGUUCGCCCUGGGGACAGGACUCAGAGGAGAUGAGAAGUUUGAUUCGGUGGAAGACAUCAUUGAACACUACAAGUAUUUUCCUAUUAUACUAAUUGAUGGGAAAGAUAAAACUGGAAACCACAAGGAACAGUGUUACCUAACUCGGCCACUUCCUCUCACCAGACACUUCUCACCUCCCUAG